CUCGUGAUAAGGAGUCCCAUUUUUAGUUAAAAGUAACCUUUGCACUUGCUUCCCUACGGAGUUAGUUCUGAGGCGAUCGACAGAGACCGGAGUGACUGUCUCUAUCAUCCCUGAUAAUGCCACCAAGACUCCGACCCAAGAAGACCUUCACAAAUUCCACCAAGAACUUGAAGGGUUCGAGGGAUUUCCGGAUCUAGUCGAGAAAGCCAAAUCAGCCAUGGGAAUCUCAACAUCAGGCAAGGCUUUUUCUAGGGACAGGCUUCGGGUAGAGAUAACAGGACCCGAUCGUCCCCAUCUUACCAUAAUCGACAUGCCCGGCCUCAUCCACUCGGAGACUAAACUACAAAGUGCGGCAGAUGUAAAGUUGGUCAGAAAGGUUGUUAAAGGGUAUAUGAAACAAGCCAGAAGCGUCAUUCUAGCUGUCGUUUCCGCCAAGAAUGACUUUGCGAAUCAGGUGGUUCUGAAUUUCGCUCGGGAGGUGGAUAAAAGGGGUAGUCGGACUAUGGGCGUAAUCACAAAGCCGGAUACACUAGUUCAGGGGUCCGGUAGUGAGGCACUCUAUGUUUCCCUGGCGAGGAAUAAUCAAGUCAACUUCGAUCUCGGCUGGCACGUCCUAAAGAACCUCGACUCGGAAACCCAGAAAGGGUCGUCACUCUUGGGCCAUCGCAAUGCCGAAGAGGCCCUUUUCUUUUCGAGGGGUGUUUGGAACGAGCUGCCCUCGUCGAUGCUGGGUAUUAAUGAGCUAAGGAAGAAGCUCAGCAAUGUAUUGCUCCGGCAGAUUGCUUUUGAACUGCCAAGUUUGAUCCGUGAGAUAAAUCUAAAGCUCGAUGACUCGCGAGAAGAUCUCGAGAAGCUUGGGGAGCCACGGCGCACUCUUGACGAACAGCGUCUUCGACUUCUACAGAUUAGCGAAGAGUUCCAAUCACUUGUAGAACGUUCCAUCAGCGGUACUUACAACAGUGCCUUCUUCGAAGACGCCGAAACAGAUCAAGGAUACCAAGAACGCAUUCGCGCGGUGAUACAAGCCUUGAACAAGGAAUUUGCGGAAGGUCUUGUGAAACGCGGCCACCGACGUGAGAUUGGCAGCGGGAAACAGGAGUCUCCUAAUGACCCCGAGCUGGUUACCAGGGACAAGUUCCUCGACCAUGUCGAGAACAUCAUGCAGAGGACCAGAGGCCGAGAGCUGCCUGGAAUCUUCAGCAGCAUGAUCGUAGCUGAUCUAUUCCAACAGCAGUCGUUACCGUGGGAGAGAAUUGCGCAAGGCCACGUCAAGAAGGCCUGGGAGGCGGUCGGAGAAUUCCUCGAACUGGUCGCCACCUACGUUGCCGAUGCGUCCAUCAGCGAUGCUCUCAUCGACAAAAUAAUACAGCCAGCUCUUGAUAAGCUGCUCGUGAAUGCCAAAAACAAGACUUCUAAGCUACUCGAUUCGCAUCGUCGGGUCCACCCGAUUACUUAUAACCACGAAUAUGCCGAGACCAUCCACGGCCACUGCUGUCGUUCAAAAGAUGAGAUCUCCAAGAUCGUCAAGAACUUUUUCGGACUCGCGUCCAUCGGAGGAAAUCAGUACUUAAAUAACAGCUAUUAUAAUUUUAAUACACUUGUGGAGAACCUAGCGAAGCAUAGCGGGUCGGGUAUCGAACGUUCCGCAGCUUGCGAAGCUCUCGACCGCAUGCUUGCCUACUACCAGAUUGCCCUCAAGCGUUUUAUCGAUAGCAUCGCCACCGAAGUUAUCGAGCAAAAGAUUAUCAUGCCCCUGUCCGACAUACUUUCCCCUGUGGCGGUCUUCAAGAUGUCACCAGACCUGGUGGAGCUCAUCGCUGGCGAGUCCCAGGAAAGUCGGACAAAGCGGGAAGAAUUGACAAAGAAAACCGAUGUUCUCCAGAGAGGGUUGAAAACUUGCAAACGGUUCGUCGAUUCUAAAUUGAAAGGCGAAUGGCCCCCCUUAGAAGGCAUCAAAACCGCCGUAGACCUAGAACAAGAUGACGAGAUAAUUGCCAUUACGGAUGGUUAUGAAACAUCAGAUGAGUGAGGAAGUCAGAAUGAAGUGUUGCUGAAUGGAGGCGCUUGGAUUUAUUCCUAAACUAUGGGACGGGAGCGAAUUACCUACCUACCUAGGUAGGGAUUCUAUUCCUGCCUUACUUCUACGGUAAUCUUCUCUGGCGAAUCAUGAUACAUGUCUGUGUAUUUUGUCAGAUCUACGAAGUAGAGUGUCAGGGAAAAUAGGGGAUGUGUCAUAACCUAUUGAUUACUGAGUACCACUUAGAGUCUUAGAUGCCUUCGCUACGUACCUGAUACACCAUUCAGGCUCGCGAGCUCGUUUAGGAGUAUCUUUUGAGAUAGCUCGACGCAAUAUCAUAAUCAUUCAAAGAUUUGACCCUAUUCGUCGAAUCGGGA